UAUCCCACUUCUAUAUUCUCUCAUUUCUUUCAAAGUAAGUAUCAAAAACUUGGUAUACUAAGAUAUCCUUAUAUUUUCAUAAACAUGACUAGCAUGAAAAGAAGCAGAGAAGAUGAUGGACAAGUGGAAGCACAAGCCAUGGCUAACUGCGCCUUAAUUCUAAACAACAAACUAGAUCAUUGGAAUGACUUCGAAUGCAAGACUUGUAAUAAACGGUUCCCAUCUUUCCAAGCCCUCGGUGGUCACCGUGCAAGUCAUAAACGGCCAAGAUUACUCGGAGAUUUUGUUGUUGAAGCCAAAAAGAACAAGUUGUAUAAAUGUUCUAUUUGUGGAAUGGAGUUUUCUUUAGGUCAAGCAUUAGGUGGACACAUGAGGCGUCACCGCGAUGAAAUUAAUAAAACAUCGACGAUGAUUCCAGUGUUGAAGAAGUCAAAUAGCAGCAAGAGAAUUUUUUGCUUGGACUUAAACUUAACCCCCGAGGAAGGAAAUGUUGAUCUAAAGAUAUGGCCAACGGCAUCAGUUCCAUCUCCAGCCUUACAUAUCUUUUAUUUAGGUCCCCUUUCAUUGUAAUCCUUGUACAUAGGAUUAGGAGUUGAAGUUGAUUUGUUAGUUCUUUUCUUGUACAAUUCAUGCUGCAUUUUUUUUCUUGUAUAUUUCCUUAAUUCCCUUGAUUCUUUAUGGGAACGGUAGAGUAAUUUUAUUAUCUUGACUCCCUUGAUUCAUUUAAAUUCUAUCAAAUUGUACUCCCAAUUUAUGAUAUAGUUUGAAUUCAAUAAAACAUGAAAUCUUUGAAA